CUUCGCCAGUCAGUCUGCUAGCGUGCGUCUGCCGAGUUGUUUGGUUAGUUUGCUGGACAGCGCCAUGUCGAACAAAAUCUCAACUUUUCGUUGCCGUUACAAAACUACGCGAUGUUCUUGACAUUACAGUGUUAUUAUUUAUCAUUGUGUGUUUUGGUGUGUAAUUGAAUUUUCAACGUGCAACAAUCAGUUUGAACGGCUGAAGUGUGUAUAAAGUUGGUUCAGUUUGUUCCCUACGUCUUGUUGAUCUGCGUUUCAAAAGUGAUGUGCUACGGAUUGUACCAGACUUUUGGAUUACUUCACAAACCUUUCCAAUCAAAUUUCAAAACAGAUGUGAUCUGGUGACCGGGUGGGUACGAUGCGAGGGUGGGUGACGAGAUGGUGCCUGCUGGCGUGGCUGCUAUGCGGGUGGGGGAGGGUGGGUGCGUGGCUGCAGAACGUUGCACCGAAGCUGAGCUUCCCGUACCGCGAUGCGGCAACCGAGGCGACGCACCGAUUCCUCGGCAACGACACUGCCGUCGAUCUCUUCCGGUUGCUGCAGAUCGAGCAAACCACCGCCACAAUUGGCGCUAGAAACGUUGUUUACAACAUAAGUCUUUCAAAUCUGACUGAAUUUAGAAGUCAGAGAAUCGUUUGGCAUCCAACUGGAGCUCAUAAAGAAUUAUGCUUCCUGAAGGGGAAGUCAGAACAUCACUGUCAUAAUUACAUUCGUGUUGGAGCAAGAGUAGAUGAUAGUCAAUUAUUAUUAUGUGGUACAAACGCAUAUAAACCUCUCUGCAGGACCUAUAGUAUCAAGGAAAAUGGCGAAGCAGAGAUGACAAAAGAGACUGAGGGUCUAGGAAAGAGUCCUUAUGAUCCAGAACACAACAGUACAGCCAUUUACGCUGAUGGCCAGCUAUAUGCGGCAACAGUGGCUGAUUUCUCUGGAGUGGAUCCACUGAUAUUCAGAGAGCCGCUGAGGACAGAGCGGUCUGAUCUGAAGCAGCUGAACGAACCCAGCUUUGUCAGCUCGAUAGCUUAUAAGGACUAUGUACUCUUCUUCUUCAGGGAAGCAGCUGUAGAGUACAUCAACUGUGGAAAGGUCGUCUAUUCCAGGGUGGCGAGGGUAUGUAAAAAUGAUAAGGGAGGACCACAUCAGUUUUAUGAUCGUUGGACUUCUUUCCUGAAAUCUCGCCUCAACUGCUCAGUUCCUGGCGAUUAUCCAUUUUAUUUUGACGAAAUACAGUCAACCAGUGAUAUUGUGGAGACGAAGGGAGGCCAGAAAAUGAUCUACGCCGUGUUCACAACGCCUGGCAACUCGAUCGGUGGCUCUGCUGUGUGCGCCUUCACUAUGGACGCCAUCAUGCAGACGUUCGAUGGGUACUUCAAGGAGCAGUCAUCCAUGAACUCCAAUUGGCUCAGGGUUCCUUCGUCAAAGGUGCCUGAGCCCCGGCCCGGCGACUGUGUGAGCGACAGUCGUACCCUUCCCGACGUGUCGGUGAAUUUCGUCAAGUCGCACUCGCUAAUGGAUGCAGCAGUGCCAGCGGCGCUCACUCUUCCCUUCCUGGUUCGCAUCAGCUUCCAGUACAGGUUCACCGCUGUCGCAGUCGAUCCACAGGUCAAAGCCGUCAACGGCAAUGCCUACGAUGUCGUCUUCAUUGGCACUGAUGAUGGGAGGAUUAUCAAAGUAAUCAAUGUUGAGAAUGAGCCAGAAGUGAAAAGUGUUGUCAUAGAAGAAAUUCAGGUUCUGAAACCUGGAACUCCAGUCCGCAAUCUCAAAAUUAUCAGGGUAGAUGGCCAACCAGAUAAGCUCAUGGUUAUUGCUGAUGAACUAGUCCAGACCAUUCUUCUCCAUAGGUGUACAGCACCCAAAAUGAACAACUGCGGGAUGUGCAUCGGCAUUCAAGACCCGUACUGUGCGUGGGACAGCAGUGAGGAUCGGUGUGUGGCCGUCACCGACUUUGUUGGCAGUCACAAAAUGCUCUUCCAAAAUAUUCCCCGCGGCCAGCAUAAAAUGUGCAAACCUCCUCACGUUGUAUCCGCUGUGGCAGUGAAACCUUUGGAAAGAGGAAUAGCUGGUGAUGAGGCAGGGAAGGAAGAAGUAAUAUGUCCAAAGUGUUCUUCGUGCAAUCCAGUUCCAUGUACUAGUGAUGGACAAGCUCAAGAGAAGAUUGUGAUAUAUACGGCUGACACUCUGGGUAUGGCCGUGGCUACAUCAGUCCUAGCAACCCUGGUCGUAGGAUUUGUCGCUGGAUAUCUGUUUUCGAGGCAUUAUUCACAUCUUCCCAUGCAUACGCAUCAUCAACUCAACAGACUGACCGGCGACAACCUGAACGCUGAGGCAUCGUCGUACAUUCCACCCUGCGCCAACAACAAGCCAGCCAUCAAUCUGGUCCUGAACGUGCCACCCAAGAACGCCAACGGCAAGAAUGCCAACUCAUCAACAGACAACAAACCCAUACAAAAAGUUAAGAAAACAUACAUAUGACCGUUAUGGGCCAUACUGAGUUGGGUCUGCGAAGUUUGAAUUCUUCCACUCCAUACUAUAUCGGAAUGUUCGUGAUUCGAUAAAGAACUGUAAAGUGUCGUUGAACUUUUGAAAAUAAUCAAUAUUAAGAGUUUUAACCCAUUUUUGUCGGGCAUAUUCAACAUUAUCGUCAACAAAUCUGUACAUUUAUAGUUUUGUAAAUAGUGUAAAUAUUUCUUUAGUUUUAUUUUUGUAAAUAUGAAGUUUCGAUUGUUUAGUUCUAUUUGUAAAUAGACCACGUUGUACAAGUGAUAGAAUGUUAUAUUUAUGAUACCGAUGCUUAAUUAGGAGCAAAGAACAAAACUUUUUUAAUCCUUUCAUUUUAACUACAUUCUUAUUAUUUCCUCUUCAAGCAGAAGAUGUAUUAAGGGUACUUGGUAUCCCAAUCAUUAUCCAUGACUGCCUGUUAAGAAAGGCAAGAGAGAGUUCAGAAGAUGAUGCAUUAUCCAAUUCUUUUAAAUCUAUUUAUCUCAUAUCUAAUGCAUUCAAUAUUCAAUCAGUCGAUAAAUAAAACUACGUUACCGUAUCUUGAAAAGAUCCCGAUAUAAAAAACAUAAUAAUCGCUUGCAUAUCCAAUCAAAGUUAACUUAUGGUUUAUCAAGUUGAAUAUGAGUUUUUAUAAAAAGAAUAGAACGUAUAUUUUAUGUUCUUGUCUAAUCAUUUUUUAUUCAUUAUUAUUUACAAGAGUAUAUAAUACUAUAUUUACACCUCAAGUGUAACGCGAAGCUAUAAUAAUAAAGAAAUUUACUGUUUUAUUACAGUAUUCCUAUCAUUGUUGUUUUUAAAUUGUAACAUUAUUUUAAUUUUGAGCUUAGCAUGAUCGAAGUUGUUGCUUAAUUACUUAAAUACUGAAUUGAAGAUACACAUUUUGAAAUCUGAAGAAAUAUACUAUUUCGUAAUGGUUAUACUAUUUAAAUUUUUUUUGAGGAGCAUUGCUUUCAAAUAAUUAGUUCAAGAUUGAAGUGAGGGAAAUUAGCUUAUUUAUAAAGUGGACGAGCGAUAGUUUGUUACUGAUGUGCUGAGUAUUAGCUACCUCUAAGGAAAAUUAUUCCCGAGAAUAAAUUUGCUUUCACUAUUCAAAAUAAUUUUUGGUAAAACAGGAGUUUUUAAAUUUCAAACUUUCAAAUUCAAUCUUGAAAGAAAACUAUAUAAGCAAAAUAAAAAAUAACGACAGUUGUAAGAUCAUAUUUGUUGAUCGCCAUUUCUUGUAUGUAAUUAUUUAUCUAUUUUUUCCAAUGAAAGAAUAAAUACAUUUCAUUUGAAGAAUGUGAAACUCUGAUAAGUUCACACUAUGAAGUAUGUAGAUGUUUGGCGAUUCGUCAUGCCACUAAGAUUAUCAUUGAUGGCCAUCUACGAAAGUUAUAUUUAAAAAAAAAAUGUCAAUCCAUGCUCUUCUACUGGUUUUUUGAAAGAGUAGUGAGCAUUCUCUGAUGAAAAGUUAUUUCCAUCAAUGCAUGUAAACUUGUUUGUGUGAACCUAUUGCAUAGGUUGCAAUAAAUCAUGUUUGAAGUGCCUAUAAAGUAAGAAUGUGAUCGAUUAGCUUCAUAAUAUGGUUUCUAUAUUGAUAUGUGAUAUAGGAGUAUGAUUUUGAAUGAGAAUAUUUCAUAUACUUGGUUCUAAAACCAAGAAAAAGGUGGAUAAGAUAGCGAAGUAGGCCUACGUAUAUACUCCUCAGUUGUUGUACCACCCAGCCGUUAUUGGUUCCACAUUAGAAGUGCCAUUAUACUGGAUAUUUUGCUGUACUAAUAAUAUAGUUGAAUUUCUACUGUGCUUUCUUAUUGAAUGAGUAUACAAAUAAAUCGUAUGAUAUAUGCUUGUUGAUAUUAAUUAAUAGUUUACUAGAUAUUUUUGAAUUACCAUUUACAAGUUGAUUCUAUUGAGUUGAAUAUUUUUGAAAACAAAACCAUUAUAAAUGACUUGUUAUUAUGUCGUCUAUAACUUGUUAACUAUUUGAUCGAUAAUUAUUAAUGAUUCGCUCACUGAUCACAUUAGUGAUUUUACAUUAUAGAUAACUUCCUGCAGCCAACCUAUAAAAUUAUCUUUACAACCAAGUCAAACUUGGUUUCUAAUAUUUAACGAGAUAAUUAACGAACUCUCCUGAAAAAAAAGAGGAUCCUGGAUUUUAUAGAACUCUGGAAUAAUAGUGAUGUCAGAAAGAUAAGUAUUAUAUUUAUUUCUUUGUGAUUAUUGUGUUCUUUGGUAUAUUUACAAUAAUGGUAUUACUGAGUUGAAUGUUAGUUGAGAUGUAUGUAAGAUUAGUAUAAACUUGUUUGCCUGUGAGAUCAAACUCAAUAGCUUUAUCUGUACUGAUGAAUUUUUCUAUUUUGUAACUGUAAAAUUUUUGUAUAGAAUAUUAUCAGAUUAUCAUUGUAUAUUAUAUUGUAUUGUUAUUAGAUUCAAGAGGCAGCAUAUUAUGAUAAAAUUGUAUUUAGGCCGAAAAGUAAUUAUAAUAUAAUGUACAUCUUUCAUAUAAUAAUAUAGAUCAAUAAAAAUACUUUAUCGAGUUACAAUAGUUCCAUUGUCACUUGCUGGAAAUAGAAUUUUAUUUUUGUAAAUCUUUUAUAAUGUUUUAAAAUUAUGGUAUCAUAAA